UUUAGUAAAACGAAUUCGUGAACGAACAAAGAUGUCUCGCUUUGGAUUACGAAGUAGUUCGGAUAUCUUCAAAGCAUCUGAGGAGCAGGCAAAUCGGAAGAAAUCAGGCACCGAUAAUAAAAUAGCAUUAAAACGAACAGGUCAAAGAAAAACGAAAGGUGUAUGUGUGGAAAUAGAUGAAAAGUUUAACGAGUCGCGCAGUCAAAAGGACGUGAAUCAGCCCUCUGUUUCUAUUGUAUGCAGUUUGCCACUAAAUCGGUUAACGGGGUUUAUAGAAAAGCUUAACACAAAUAAUUUGAACUUUGAAAUAAAAAAUCAACAUAACCAGAAAACUAACUUUUAUGAAGAGAAAUUAGGAGAGAGAGUAAAUUGGUGCGAAAAGCAAACAAAUAGAACUGCCUAUGACAAUGCUGGUUCAAAUCAUCAGGAAUUCGACGAGUGCACUUCAUCUUUGGAAGAGAGUGUCCGAAUUCUUUGUUUGUACUGUGAUAAAAAGUUCACGUCCUAUAAAAUGCAGCUGAAACAUGUAGAGAAGUUUCAUAUCCAAAAUAAGAAUCGUAGAUGUAGUGGCCGCAAUUCACAAAUGUCAACGCUUAGCGAUUCAAAGAAACAACGAGUAGAACCUUGUAGUGUUGCGUUAGCGAAAUAUCCCGGAUGCACAUAUUGCAAACGAUCUAAGACUCUUCAAAUAGAAGCGUCAACGAGAGACUUAAGUGGACUUUUUUUUCAUUUUAUUGAAUGCCAUUCGGAUAAGUAUUUCGGAUGCAAGAGGUGCGAGCAACGUUUUCAGAGCGGUGUAAAAUUGUCUCAACACAUGCAAAGUGUGCAUAAAGAUAUAUCCAUUUUACAAGAUGACAGUUCAAAAAACAAAGAUGAUUUGACAGUAUUGCUUGAAAAGGAGGAAUUUGAAAAGAAUAGCAGAGAAAAAGGAAGGAAUUCAAAAGCACGAUGUUCUAAAUCACAAAAAAAUACAAAUGUUAUGAGCAUUGUAGCUGCAAUCCCGGAAGAUCUUAGUCCCACUAAUUCCAACACAAUAAUGGGUGCGGAAGAACCCAUUUUGUCCAGAUUAGGUCUUGCCCAAAAUAGACUGCCGAAUAGCAGGAAAGGCGUUCGCUCGCGAAAAGACAGUAUUUUGUCAGAUUCGAUCUUGAAAACUGAUCAACCAUCUGUUUAUAUGUCAGCUGUGAAAGCUCGUAAUAAAUCUGGAAAAAACGCGAUUAGAGAAAGUGGCGAUGCUGAGGUAGUUUUUCGUAUGCCGACAAGGACGGAAAUAUUAUCCAGUGUCUUCGAUGAAAACUUUUACAGAGAUGUCCUUUCAAACGUACGAAAUAAUCUUUUAUACUUUUUGGAUGGAAAACUUCUGGGAAAUGUUGGCCGUGCCAUUAAUGUAAGUUCAAACAAUUCGAUCGUAAAACAUCAAAUACCACCCAUUCAAAGUACAUUAGCUGAAAGUCCUAUAGUUCUGGACGGUAUUAAUGAUCUGAAUAGUGAGAUUCACGCCGCAACAAGUCUUUCGACAAUCACAGCUUUUCCAACACUCUUAACGGCAGAACAAUACGGAGGUGAUGCAACUUUAUCAAAAAUUCGCAGACCUCACACAAAACAUUCAUGGAAAUGGAAGUGGGAUAGCGUGAAGAAAUUCAAAUUAAUAAACGAAGGCGGAAAAAUAGUGAAGAAGAUGAAACAACCAACGCUGGGUCUGCGCGAUUUGUCAAAGCUCGAUAUGUGGACUCAACUUUCAAUGCGUCAAAAACAUGAAAUUCAGCAAUGCAUUUUAAAUACCCAUUCUUAUGCUAAUGGCAGCAUCCGCGAAGAAAAACUGCGCAUCAACGAACAAUUAAAUUACAUUCUUGAUAUGCGUUUACUACCUCAUAUUAUUUUGGAACAAAAUGAGCAAGCUAUAAUAAAAAUGGAAAAUGAAGAAUUUGGCACAGUAUCGUAUAUACAAACUACCGAUGAGAAUGGAGCCGAUAAUAUCCUUCACCAAUCCUUUGCUGAUGAGACGUUUUUUUCCGUACUUAAACUUUUGCCAAAUCAUGAGCUUCAGUGUCCUCGCAAGCACCUCGUUUUGAGCGGGGAAUGGGCUCGGCCACGCUGCUAUCUUUGUAUGUGUUGUGGAGCCAAAUUCGAGAAAUUGAAGUCCUUAGAGGAGCAUAAAAUGUUUCGUCAUUCGCACGUACUCUCUACUCACUACGAAGUUGUUGGGCGAGAGUUACUGGCAGGCAACUCUCUGCGUCACUUAUUCAUACCCAAUCGGGCACUUAGUUAUUAUGGAAAUGAAAGUUACAACAGUUCCCACAUUGUACGCAAAUUGGGUUGGAGAAAAAAUGAGUUGCAGGAUACGAGUCAAAGAAUGAUAACAGGAUCCGCGGGAGAUGAUGAUUCCUCUGACAGCGUUCAAUCGACGCUAAAUAGCUGCACGGUAAAUACUUACAGUGCAAAACACAGUACAACUACAGAUGAGUGCGACACUGACACGAAAACUACAAUUGACAUAAACACCGUUUCCCCAUCGAAUAGUAUACAGUCAGCGAAUUCCCUAUUUACAGUACCAGAUAAAUUGCAUCUCAAAUGUAAGGAUGGAGGUACAGCCUCAACAAAAUGCUCCAAGUGUACCCGCAGGUGCAGUGGUACUUUGGAUUUGUACCGUCAUAUGCUAGAUUGUUCGGGUGAUUAUAUUUGGUCUUUGGCGAAGAAAAGAAAAUAUCGUUACUAUUGUGGGUCAAAAAAACGCCGCUCAUGGAAUAAGCACAACUUUGCAGAGUUACGGAAGAAGCGACCAAAAAUGUCUAAACCUUCACCUCCAUCGAACGACACUGAAGAAAGUGCGUCGUCCUCUAAAGUAAAAACUCCAUCUAGGCCACGUCCCAGUGAUGCUGAAUCAAUCAAAAAGAUGCUGGAAAACCUGCCACCAAAACGAAUUUGUAAAAAAAUAUUUCCUGCUUUGACGAAAACUAAAAAGGCGAAAUUUAUUACGAAGCACAAAAUAUUCAGCAGCCAAGGGAGGCUAAGAUCAACACGUGCAAGACAAAUUUCAAAACUAUCUAAGGUUAAAUGCAAAUUCUCAAACAAAUCAACUAAAAAUAAAAAAGUAUUACAUCAUAAAGCGGAGAAGAUGCUUUCAAAAAACAAGACAAAAAAGUUAACCUUAGCUACUUUUUCAAAUAAUGUAGAAAGAGAUAAUGGCCGAAAUUUUAAGAAUCUAAACGACAAAUUAGUUCCAGCUGGUACAACAUCGGGCAACACUUUUUGUAGUAUUACUAAUGUAGGAGCAGACAUAGGUAAAUGUGGAACUCCGUCGUUGCCUUCAAAAGAGCCUUCGACUGCUGUGGAAUGUGCGGCUGAAAUAAUAAUCUCUGCUCCCGAACACGGAAAUUUCUUAACCGAAAGUCGAGUUUGUGACAGCUUACGUUCAAACAAAUCGGGACAACAAACAGAUUUACAAAAACAGACGGCUUUAUGUGCAUCAGGAAAUAAUGAACUCAAAAACAACUCGCAAUAUAUCGACACCGCAACUUGCAGUAAGAAAAGAAGUAAGAAAAUUAAUGACUGCAUUGCAAUGCUCACUGGGAAAUUGGAAGAAAAACUAAAGACUGAACAAAAUUCGUUUAACAAGGAUGAGCCAUACAUGGAAACAGAUAUAAAUAAUGAGCACAAAAGCAAAUCAAGCGCGGAAAUAAAACCACCUAAAAGGAAAACGGUAUCACGAAAGAUUAUUAAAAUGGACAAUGCGACACCCCAGCCGACGGUAGCUAAAGUUCAAACAGCACUAGAAUCUUUAACUAGAACUCCAUCAAAUAUUCCGAAAUUACCAAACGCACCGGUCGUUGCAAACGCACCACUUGAAAAACUGAUACCACUUUCAACUUCCUCUAGUACAAUAACUGCUUCAAAACUAAGUGUUCAGACUAAUGCAAAUGUGAAUUACCUUAAUAAGAACACUAAUAUUAACUUGUCACAGGAAAAUACAAAAUGCCCCCUGCUAAAUAAGCAAACACCAUUAAUAACAGCAAAUAUAGAUCCGAUUGCAUCAACAAUAGUUCCGAUUACCUUGGCUUCUUCUGAUUUUGAUACUGCUUUAUUGAUGCCAAAACCGCCCCCUGCAGUAUUUGUGAAUAAAAUACCACCAUCACUAUCGAAACCCAGCGCAAUGACUGAAUUGGUUCCUCCUUUUCCAACGUUGCCGCUUACUCAUCCGAUGCAAAAUAUGCCAGUUAAUAAUAUACCACCACCACCGCCUGUUUUAGCAGUAUUACCACAGCCACCUCUUUUACCAACUCCAGUAUCUAUCACUCCUUUAGUACCUGUGGCAGCUAUGGCGCCUAUGUCAGCCAUAGUUCCAGGGGGUCCAAUGACGCCUAUUUUGCCUGUGGCACCAUUAUUCAAUUCAGAACCUUUGAAUUUAUCCAACACGAAAAGUGUGAAGAAGCAUACUCCAAACGAACUACUUUGUUUUAAUCCAUAUCGGGGUGGCAGUGGCAUACCGGUAAGAAGACAAACAAUUUGUGGUUUUGAGGCAAGAAAUUUCAUUCUGGAAGACGAACCAUUGGACCUCUCCAAAAAAUCGGGCAAAGAUCAAACACAGGAUGCAUCUGCUGUAAUGACGUUAACACCUCUUAUAAAACCUAUUGAGACGCAUUCCAUAACUCCAGUAGGCAUUAACAUGACUAUGGCUCCACCUAAUGAUGCUGUUUUAAACAAGCAAUUUUAUUCUAAUCUGGAACUUUUAAAAAUACCACAAAUACGAAAUCCUGGAAAUACGACUACCACAGAAACGGUUUUGGUGAAUCCCACUCCUAAAUGCUCUUCCAGAAAAAGGAAUUCAAGCAAAAACACCAACGAAAAUGCUUCGAAGCCAGUAACCACAAAUAGCGGCAAAGGAGCUAACAAAGAAUCUUCGUUGCAUAAAAGGGAUAUUUUGGCGAAAGGAAAAACUUCUCUAAAAAUGGAUGAGGAAGUUAUUAAUCACAUUGACGACGCCAUAAACUCAGUAAUUAAUGCCGUGACAGCAAGUCUGCCAGACAGUGAUGAAAAAGACAGUGACAAAACUAAUAAAUUGGCUCAGAAAAUUAAUCCAAUACCUGCAUUACAUCUAAGAAAUUCGACACCAGUAGAGCAACUUGUGCAAACGCAGCCAAGGGCAUCGCAAAUGGUUUUAGCGAAAUCAUCAUUGUCCGAUGCGGUAGUUAAUCUGCAAAAGACAAACGAAGAAGCAGCCGUAAUCGAAAAAGAUAAUUCCAAAGAAUCUAUAGUUUUUUUACCUCAAAAACGUUAUGUGCGAUCAAAAACUUUAGAUUGUCGUCCAAACGUACUAGCAACGAUGCCAGAAAUAGUGUUAGAUAGUUUGCACACAACCACAACGUUAACUACAUCUAAAAACUCUGAAUCUUCUCCAAAUAUUGAAAAUUCGUCACAAUGUGAAAUGAAAUCCAGUGUCGGUGACACCCCACUUCCAGGGUGCGAAACAAUAUCAUGUCAGAAAACUUGUACCGACUUAAGUGUUUCCAAUGAAACGCAAAUAAUUGAUAAAGAACCCUUAAGUUUUUCAACUGAGCCCAAUAAAGAAGUUAAUAAUUGCGUUUCACCUACAGUUGGGAUUUUCAACGAUAUAAAUCCUAAUCUCAUAACUGAGGAAAAUAUGAGCAACAUAAAUAAUACCUCAUCUGGUUUCCACAGCUGCGGCCAAGUAGAAAAUACCAUCGAGGCCAAAAAGAAACAGAGACGUCGACGUAAGAAUGAGUUGGCUGCGAUUGUGGCGGACCAACUUUUGGAAAGCUUCAAAAUUGAUAAAACACGUCGUGAUAACCUCAAAAGGCUAGAAAACUUAGCUUAUGAGAAAAGUGAGGAUCUAUUUGUAACAGGAAUGCUUUUAAUGUCAAGCACAAAACGAACUGUUACAUCUUCUAAGAACGAUCAACUAAACAACGAUGUAAGUUCAAGUAAAAACAUCGAGGCUGCAGGUCGGCAGAAGCAAGAUCAAAGCAAACCGAAAACAAGCAAAGCCCGACUAAAACAAAAUAUUACCUGUAACAAAUCUACUCAAGCUGUAGAUGAAGUGACACCAUCUAUAAGUACAAACAAUGAACCCAGUGAGAAAACCAAAGAAAAAGAUGUCACCAUCAAAAGAAAUAAAAAACGCAAUUAUCGUGGCAAAGGAAAACCGUUAGAUAAUGAGAAUAUAAGUAAGCUUAAGUCGUCACUUGAAUCAUUUUCCAUAGGCAUAGAAAAACAACUAACAGAGUUAGAAGCCAGGAAUUCGGCUCCCAUAAACGUUUCUGAAACAAAAUCUCAUUUACCGGCUGCUGCUAGAUCAUCGCUUUUAAGGCCAAGCAUCCUAUCUGCUAAUACUGAAACUAACAUUAAUAAUCAAAUAGCACCAACUGUAGAAACCAAAAGCGUUGUUUCCAGUCGCGAUCCGCGACUUAAUAAGAAUAUACACAAAAACGAAAAUAAUGAAAAUUCGGAAGCAUGUGACAGGGAAAAGAAUAUGGAAGAAAUAUGUGAUGUUGAAGAAGACAAUUAUCUCACAGAAAUAGCUAAAAACGUGAAUGAAAAGAUCAUGUCUGCUGAGAACGAAGAAUUCAUGUUUAUUAAUGAUGGGUUUGAAUUAGCCAAUGAAUUGCAAGACGAUUCGAAUAGUAAGUGUUAUAGUCGGCCGCCAACGUCCAUGAGUGUUAGAAGUGCUCCCAACUUUAACGACGAUCGUUCAAAUUUUGGAUCUAUUUGCGAUGAAAAUACAAAUACAGAAGUGAUGGACAUGGAUUUAGAAGAUGAACUUAGCGUGUAUACCAGUUAUUCACAAGACGUAGGAAGAGGACGGAGCAGAAGAAGACGUCGGAGAAGAAGCAUUUUACUGAAACGGAGACCAAAAAAACGUGUCAAUCAUGACUCUACUGCGGAGAAAUUUGAGUGUACUUUGUGUAAAAAAGUUUUUUAUACUCUACAUUCUUUAACAAAACACAAUAUGACAUUAGCUCAUGUAUCAAAAUUAUCUGCACAAGAAUACCUGCUAUCAAAAAGCUUGGAGAACACUCCGCCAAUAAUAUGUAAAGCCGUGGCUGAUAAUGAUCUGAAAACGAAUAUCUCAGCUGAAUGCAUUGCUUCAAAAAAAUCAGAGGACGGCAAUGAAAUGCAACGAUUAACUGAGAGAAAGGGAAACGAUGUCACUGAUAUACAAUAUAAUAAUUUAGAACGAGUUGAUGCUGUUGAUGGUAGCGAAAGACGAGAGCUAAAUGACGGCGGCAAAGUUAAAACACCUUUUAACAACACGUCACGCUUAAAUCUCAAUCCAGAUGAGAGGUUAUUUUUCGAAUGUUGUAACAUAUUAAAAGGCGCGGAGACUGCCUGUGUCAAUAAUGAUAAGAACGGCCGAGGAGCUUUUGAAUAUAACUUCAAAGAAAAAUCCGAAAUAUGUUCAGUCCAAGGCAGCAUUUUCAAAUCGUUGAGGCCUGAAAUACUCAAAAAACAAAUCACAUUGGAACGAGUUAGUUGCAAAUCCGCUGCCUCUCAACAAGAAUUCAGAAGUCCCCCCGCACUUCAGUCAAACACUGCAACUAAAGGAGUUCCUACUAUUGCUGUUCGAGAUCAGUAAGUAUUAAACCUAGUAAAAA